AUGCCGGAAACAAGUAUAACUCUCUACACAUACUUUCGGUCCUCGUGCUCAGCCCGCCUGCGCAUCGCCCUGAACCUCAAAUCCCUCCCCUACACCUCCAUCCCCAUCAACCUCCUCGCCAACGAGCAACACACGCCCGCCAACCUCGCGCGCAACCCGUCCGGCACCGUGCCCACCCUCGUCCUCACCUCAUCAAAUGGGGCUUCAUCCAUAAAAAUCACGCAAUCCCUCGCCGCCCUCGAAUACCUCGACGAGGCCUUCCCAGACACCCCCCCGCUCCUACCGCGAGACCCGGCGACGAGGGCCAUCGUCCGCACCCUUGCGGCCAUCAUCGCGUGCGAUGUGCAGCCUGUGACUAAUUUGAAGAUUCUGAAGAGGGUUGCUGAGCUUGGGGCUCAGCGGGAGGAGUGGGCGCGGGGGUUGAUUGAGCAGGGGUUACGGGCUUAUGAGGGUGUUAUUUCUGGUUCUGCGGGGGUGUAUAGUGUUGGUGAUGCCGUGACUAUGGCCGAUGUGUGUCUUGUGCCUGCUGUUUGGGGGGCUGAGAGAUUCGGGGUCGAUGUGCAUCGGGAGUUUCCGGUGAUUGCGGGGGUGGUUGCGCGGUUGGAGGGGUUGGAAGCAUUUACGAGGGCGCAUUGGGCUAGGCAAUUGGAUACUCCUGCCGAGUUGAGGAUUGAUUGA